UUCUUCUAUCCUCCCCCCCUCCCUCCCGCGUGUUGGAGUCUCGUAAUUCUUUCGAUUGAGGUUUCCACAUUCCAGGACUUCUUUGAUUCCUUGGUCUGUACCUUUUCUUCUCCUUCGAUUCUCCGAUGCUCGCGACGCUUUGUUCGGAAUGUGAAGAAGGUAGUGCUGCCUGAAGAUGUGUAUGUUGAUAGCUUUUGAUCUCCUGAAUCAUGGAAGUUAGAAAAUGGACCUUAGCAAGUCGAACCUUUCUUUUCAGGAUUGUCGAAGCUGCCUCACACUGCAUUCUAUUCAAUUCGAAAAAGCCUGCCCUUUUCUUCUGAAAGUGUUGUUUCAAUAUGAAUUAUAAUAGACCAAUGGAGGUCCAUUACAUAGAUACGGGCUUUCCUUACACUGUUACUGAAAGUUUCAUGGACUUCUUUGAAGGCAUCACGUAUAUGCCAGCAAAUUGUCUCCACACUGGAUCCAUGCCUGAUCAGGAAAGUGCCAACUGGAUGAUGAAUAUGAGCCCAUAUAAAUAUGACAUGUCUGGCCCUUUGUGUCCAUCAUAUUUUGGUUAUCCUGAAUAUAUCCUUCCCUUACCAAGAGUGGAGGUCUACAGGGGACAGUGGGAAAACCCUUCAACAAUGACCGUUGAGGAACCUGCUACAACAGACACUUUUUCCAGGGGAGAUGGAGUUGCUGGCAUGCAGACUAUACCUGAAGAAUGCAGCCCAAAUCAUCAAGACGCCACUAGUACCCAGGUUGCAUGGCAGCAAGACAGCAUCGAUCCUGAUAAUAUGACUUAUGAGGAAUUACUGGACUUGGGUGAGGCAGUUGGAACUCAAAGCAGGGGCCUUUCCAAAGAACUUAUUGAUCUUCUUCCAGUCUCAAAGUACAAGUUCAGAAGCAUGUUUAAAAGAAAAAAAUAUGGGAAAAGGUGUGUGAUUUGUCAGAUGACAUACAAAAGAGGUGACCAACAAAUGAAAUUGCCAUGCACGCAUGUUUACCAUAGCGAAUGCAUCUCCAAAUGGCUUAGCAUUAACAAGAAAUGCCCGGUUUGCAACGCUGAGGUGUUUUGCGAGGAUUCAAGGAAUUAGCAUUAAGAUGCUGUUAACAGAAGAAAUUUGGAGGCUUCUCUGCUCUAUUACCCCCCCCCCUCUUUUCUUUUCCUAUCUCAUUUUGCCCCCCCCCCUCUUUCAUUAGAAAUCUCACUACACGUAGGUAGGAACACUAGAAAGAACUCAGCCGCUACAUUUUAUGUAAUAAAUAUUCUCUUCACUAGAGACGUCCGUAACAGUCGCAUCUUGUGGUGGUUAAUGAAAUUUGAGUGAUGUAAACUA